AUGAAUAAGAUGAUUCUUGCAAAUGAGUUCGAUCAAAGAGUGGCUAGUAUAUUUCUACCAUUUGAUAACUACGGUAAUAAAACUGUUUCCAUCACGGAUUUACCACUUAUUAUUCAAACCAGCUGCUCCAGAAUUACUUUGAGAGGAUUUCAAGCAAUAGACGUUGAAAAUAAGGGCUACCUUACACCCGAUUAUUUAAAAAAUUUGCUCACAACGCAAGGAGAAGUUUUAUCAGAGGAAGAAGUAUCAGAAUUUAUGCGCAUCGCCGUCGACCCAAGCACAGGAAACAUUCCAUUCGAAUUCUGUGUCAGCAAACUAAAGUUCAUUCCUAAGCCAUUAACUGAUAUUUACUAUCUGGCAAAAGCCUCUAUGGAAGAAAAACCAAAAACGAGACGGUACAGUACGUACAGGCAAAGUGUUAUACAGCAAUAA